GCGCCGGCAUGAGGCCGGGCUGAGCGAUGUGCGAGCAGGCAGCGCGCUACUGCCGGGCCGGCGUGCACAGGCUGCUGCGCAAACCUCCGCCGGCGCUGCGCGGGCUGGACGGGCUGCUGCGCUGGGUGGUGGCCAGGAUGGGUGACAAGGGGGUCGCCGAGCGGGAGCUGCUCAACCCGGGUGCCGCCGCCGCCGCGCAGAGGAAGGGCACCUCCGUCAUCCUCGAUAUUUUCAGAAGAGCUGACAAAAAUGAUGAUGGGAAGCUCUCCCUGGAGGAGUUCCAGGCCUUUUUCUCUGAUGGGACGCUCAACGAAGAAGAACUUGAGAAGCUCUUUCAUACCAUUGACUCUGACAACACCAACAACGUGGACACCAAGGAGUUGUGUGACUAUUUUGCUGACCACAUGGGAGACUAUGAAGACGUCUUGGCCUCACUGGAGACGCUGAACCUCUCCAUCCUGAAGGCGAUGGACUACACCAAGCGGGUGUACGAGAGCGGCAGCAACGUGGACCAGUUUGUGACCCGCUUCCUGCUGAAGGAGACGGCCAACCAGACCCAGUCACUGCUGAGCUCUGUGGAGAGUGCCGUGGAUGCUAUCGAUGAGCAAACUAAUCCCACCAGGCACUACCCCAGCAAGGCUGGCCAUGGUCUGAUGGACACCUGGUAUGACAGCACCGUGCCCAGCUACUCUCCCACCAGCCGGAUGGUCCCCAGGGAGUAUGGGAAGAGCUUCCAGACUGGUUCCCCCGACACCAAGGCAGAGGGGUUGGAAGGACAGAUCAACAGGCUGGCUGAGCUGAUUGGCAGGCUGGAGGACAAGACUCUCUGGUUUGACCUGCACCAGCGGCUGUCGGACAGUGAGAGCACAGCUUGCACGUACCUCCUUCUGGUGCGGGACGAGAUGACGGUGUCGCACAAGCACUUGGGCGAGUUUUGCAGCUCCCUGAAGCAGUACCUGAAGAGCGUGGCCGGGGAGCGGGAUUGCUUCCACGUCACCGCAGUGAAACUGCCCGAUGGGGUCACCUUCAUUGUCUAUGAGUUCUGGGAGACUGAAGAGGACUGGAAGAGACACCUGCAGAGUGCCACCUGCAAGGGCUUCCAGCACGUCAAGGUGGACACGCUGAGCCAGCCUGAGGCCAUCUCCAGUGUGGCCGUGCCAGCUGCCUGGUGCACCCUGAACCGAGAGUGACCACUGGUGCCAGGGCACCUGCCAGCACCCAUCCCCGCUGAGGGACGGCUGUGACCCCCUGCCUGGCCAGGGGGGUGGAAGGUGUCGGUGUGACCUGUCUGCAGUGAAGGAAACCCCCCGUGUGUGUCCCCAGCACCCCACAGGAUCCCCCCCACAGCUACCCCAUCGCCUGGGUCACCUCUCCUGGGAGUGGGGCGGUCUGUGUGUGUGUGUGUGUGUGUAUGCAUGUGCGCCACCCCUGGGGUCUGCCAGGGAGGGUCCGGCAGGAUUUGGGGUUGCAGGGUGCACCCCCCAGGCAUGGGUAGGCAGGGAGAGGGUGCAGGCAGCCAGGCAAUGGGGAGGGGAUGAGGCCGGUGAUGAAGAGCAGGGGUGGGAGUGGGAGGCCAGAACCCGCCCCCCUUGGAGGGUAAUUUGGGGGUUCCUGCUAUUCUCCAGGGCCACCCAGGGAGGAGGCUGGGGUGGGGGAGGGUGAGGCUGUGCCGGGUGCAGUGUGUGUGUGCCUGUAGGGAUGGGGACCCGUGUCCCUGGGAGAGGUCAGGGUGGUGGCAAAUGGGGGUAUCCCUUAGUCCUGCGGGGUGCGGGUGGUCCCAAGGGGUUUCCUUUGUGUGUGGUCAGUGGCAGGUGUGGGGGUGGCUCCACCCCCCCUUCCUGGGGUCUGAACAUCUGUCUGUGUGUCUGUCUGUGCAUGUGCAGCACUCACGGCCCAUCCUGCCCCCACCCCGCCGUGGCCAGGGGUCCCUCAGGGUGCGUUGUGAUACCCUGUCCCAUCUUUAUUAGCCGCUGUACAAUGGGGACAGUGAUGCCAAAUAAAACCGUGAUGGGAUA